AUGGAUGAACAACCACAUUUACCUGGACAAGAAUCACCAUCAUUCUACAAAAAACUUGACGAUGUGGAUCUAUUAUUCAUAGAUGAUCUAAACGGUGGUAGAACGGUUGUUGAGGGUCAGGUAGAAGUCAAUGAUGAUAACGUGGUUGGCGAUGAUCCCAAUCACGGUCAAGGAGUAGCAACCAAUGAUGGUAACGUGGUUGGCGACGAUCAUGGUCAGGGACAGGGGGUACCAGCCAGUGAUGGUAACGAGGUUCGCGACAAUCAACUUACGGGAGGAAGGCUGGAGACAGUCGGGGAGUGCUACAAGUUGGUUGUGGUGCAUAAAGGGCAUAAUGACGAAGUUAUUGAAGUGAACAAGUUUGGGAAUGUGGCAUCCAUAAAGAACCAGAUUGAAAAUUUACUACGGAUAAGUGCAAUCCAGCAAGUCCUAUUCUUCAACCGCCAAUAUCUCGAUGAAGAUUCGCUUAUAAUUGAGAGCAUUGAAGGGCUUGCAUCCAAUUCACGCAUUGAGCUCUUUGAGUUCGAACCGUUGGGGGAGGCAGCCACUGCCACAGCUUCGACUUCGGCAGCGCAGCCAUCAUCUGCUGCAGCAGCGGGUGUACACUUUCCUCCAGAGACUCACAGACGUGAACCCAAUCAGAAAUUUAAGAUGAAUGUCAUCCUGAGCUCUUCUGUUGACAUUGACACUCCUAAUCCUAGCAUUACUGAGAUUAGACAAAACACUCGUCAACAAUUAAUAACGAAUAUUGUGGAUAGUACUAAAUUGAUGUUUGUGUCAAGUUCAGGUCAAGAAUUGGACGACUGUCUGUCAUUACGUUCUAAUCUUAAUAAGGAGAUUAAGAUACUCUUGGAACCCUCUGCCAUGGGCAUGGCUUCACUGACAACAACCACUGGGGCCAUGAUCUCCACGUCAGCCCCUAUGCCACCAUCCACGUCCGCCCCCCCACAGACAUCUGCGUCUGCGGCAGGGGGUGAAAGUAGCAGGGUGAAUCCCUCGAUGAGACAUACUGUCAGAUCUAAAAGGGCUGCACCAGAUCCAGCAUCAAGAUCAGCUCCUGAUGAUGAACAUACUGAAAGUGACGCGUCAGCUUCCUUGCCAUCUACGUCGUCAUCUUCCGAGUAUGUACUGUCGCCAUCUGCUUCCUCGUCCUCUUCUGAGUAUGUACUGUCGUCACCAUCUAUUGAAGGGUCAGCACCUGCAACUAGAUAUUCUCUGCGUCCUCGGCGCUGA